UCCAGAAUUAUCCCUCAUAUUGGCCAUGACAAAUCCCGAGGAUACAGUGAUGAUGUCCAACCCGAGAGACCCAGACUCCCACCCGUUGCCAGCCGAAACACGAAGCGCCGAGACUCACGGUCCCAGCUCGACAGCAUUCUCGUCUACCACCAACCCGGACACAGAGUCGCAAGACCAAGACGAAGGAUCCGUGUCUGUUACUGGGCUUAGUGGUUUCUCGGUUGAUCUGAGUGUCGAUCAUGACGGCGGUACUACCAGCCCGCUUGUCUCGGACUCUGGAGCGUCGGCCACAAGCGCUUCCGUGAGCUCCAGUGUGUACAAAUUCGUUCAGGAACAUGGCCGAACGUUUCACAAGUACAAGGAAGGGAAGUAUUUCCUUCCCAAUGACAAGAGAGAGCAGAACCGCUUAGAUCUCCAGCAUACCAUCUCGAAGUUCUUACUUAAAGGGAAGCUCGGGUUAGCGCCGGUUGAGCGGCCUCGCCGUGUGCUCGAUCUUGGAACAGGAACAGGUGUCUGGGCUAUCGAGUUUGCCGAGCAGAACCCCAACUCGGAGGUCCUGGGCACUGAUCUUAGCCCUAUCCAACCCGACUACCUGCCAACGAACUGCCGCUUUGAGAUUGACGAUGUGGAUGACGAUUGGGUCCACAACCAUAAGUUCGACUAUAUCCACGGCCGCUACAUACUUCCGUUCGUCAAGAAGGACUGGGGUCUCCUCUUUGAGUCGAUCUACAACAAUCUGAACCCCGGCGGCUGGGUUGAGUCCCAGGAGACCAUCAUUUACUUCCAGUCCAUCGACGGGUCCAUCGAAGGCACAGCCCUGCAGCGAUGGAACGCACUUCUGCUCCGGGGAAUCCAAAUGAUGGGCCGCAGCGCCACAGAGGCGUUGCGUUGCAAAAAUUACUUGGCCGAGGCCGGCUUUGUCAACCUUGGGGAGAAGAAGUUUGCCGUCCCUAUGAACACUUGGGCAAAAGGUGACGAGCAAAAGGCAGUGGGUGCCAUGCAAAUGGCCAACAACCUCGAGGGUAUCGAUGGAAUCACCAUGACUGUGUUUACUCGGUCACUUGGCUGGACCCCGGCCGACGUGGAGCAACUGCUAGUCGACGUGAAGAAAGACCUGAUGGAUCGAAGCAUCCACGGAUAUAUCACUGUAAUCGUCGCAUGGGGCCAGAAACCCCAAUAGAGGCCCCUUUGAGGGCCGAGCCUACCUCGGCUUCCAUGGCGUCCGUGAUCACCGCCCAGACGGGAGCAUGGGGCCUGUUAAAACACAGCUCGUGGGUGCGGGUCACCUCCUUUCCGUUUCCGUUUCCCGGUCUCCGUCUCGCUAUUCUUUCCUCGUAUCUUCAUCAGCAAACGUGAUCCGUUCGGGUUGGGGUCCGUCGGCUGUGCGCCGGGUAUGGCCGUGGACCAACCCGAGAGCAUACGGCAUAGCAUAUCUAACCAGUACAUGCAAACAGGGUCUGAAGACCAACAUGUACAAAUGGCCUACCCUUUUCGCUCGUAGUUAAUCUAGCAUUCUCCUCUCCACAGCCUGAGCUCUCGCCGUGACUCUGCCGUCAUCAUGACCGUAAAAUUGUUAGAGCGGCUUUAUUAGUAAACUCACACACUGCAAGGUGGUCACUCUUCUCUUUUUAGAAGUCAGUGUUCGUAGAGAAAUGUAGCUGGGUAUCCCGAUCA